AUGCUUUAUAGAAGCCUACCAGAAGACUACCAGAAGUCUACCAGAAGCUCACCAGAAGCCUACCAGAAGUCUACCAGAAGCCUACCAGAAGCCUACCAGAAGUCUGCCAGAAGCCUACCAGAAGCCUACCAGAAGUCUACCAGAAGACUACCAGAAGUCUACCAGAAGACUACCAGAAGUCUACCAGAAGACUACCAGAAGCCUACCAGAAGACUACCAGAAGUCUACCAGAAGUCUGCCAGAAGCCUACCAAAAGCCUACCAGAAGCCUAUCAGAAGACUACCAGAAGCCUACCAGAAGUCUACCAGAAGACUACCAGAAGCCUACCAGAAGUCUACCAGAAGACUACCAGAAGUCUACCAGAAGACUACCAGAAGCCUACCAGAAGCCUACCAGAAGCCUACCAGAAGACUACCAGAAGCCUACCAGAAGUCUACCAAAAGCCUACCAGAAGUCUACCAAAAGUCUACCAGAAGCCUACCAGAAGCCUACCAGAAGACUACCAGAGGUCUACCAGAAGCCUACCAGAAGUCUACCAAAAGCCUACCAGAAGCCUACCAGAAGCCUACCAGAAGACUACCAGAAGACUACCAGAAGUCUACCAGAAGACUACCAGAAGCCUACCAGAAGACUCCCAGAAGUCUACCAGAAGCCUACCAAAAGCCUACCAGAAGCCUACCAGAAGCCUACCAGAAGACUACCAGAAGCCUACCAGAAGACUACCAAAAGCCUACCAGAAGUCUACCAGAAUACCAGAAGUCUACCAGAAGACUACCAGAAGACUACCAGAAGUCUACCAGAAUACCAGAAGUCUACCAGAAGACUACCAGAAGACUACCAGAAGACUACCAGAAGCCUAUCAGAAGUCUACCAGAAGCCUACCAGAAGCCUACCAGAAGCCUACCAGGAUUCUACCAGAAGACUACCAGAAGCCUACCAGGAUUCUACCAGAAGACUACCAGAAGUCUACCAGAAGACUACCAGAAGCCUACCAGAAGUCUACCAUACAAUACUUUUAUAGGUAAUGCUUUCUUUCAAUUGCAUCCUUGA